CUCACUCACUCACAUCUGGGAGCUGUUGUAGAUCAAUCCUAAGCACAGUGAAAGGACCCAUAACAUUUACACGAGAUCCUUACGUCGCUUUGAUUACAUGGCAUUAUAAUUGAAAAUUAGCUUGGCAAAGUCAAAGUCCAAGCCAGAGCGCAAACCAUCCCAGACAAAUACAUUUGGUAAACAACAUUUUACCUAGAGAAUUAUUCGAAUUUGCACAAUUGCCACCAUUCAGCCAUUCCAGCUACCAGAUAGCCAAGCUAAGCCAACGAAUAUCAGUCAUAAUGUCUACCACACAGUUUAUACACAACAUUACAUCGCUGCAUCGAUUUACCUACCUGACAUCACUCUAUUUGGUGUUUCUGCUACUGCUGAAAUGUCACAAAGUUGCAGGCAUUUUGGGAAAAUCACAAAUGUGCGAAGUGGAGACAGGUCAAACGAAUAUAAUCUUGGAUAUUGAAGAAAGUAGAGGAGACUAUAUUGGCCAGCAAACGAAUCCUCCCGAGCUACCCAUAUUUGGUGAUCCCUUUACGGAAAUUGCCUUAGAUCUAGUCUUUCCUAAAGGGAAUCCUAUAUUCUUGUUGAAUGGCAAGAAAUUGCAAUUAUUGCAGCCACUCGAUAGAGAUGAGGAGAAUUUAAGUCAUAUUGUAUUUCAAGUUUCCUGUACCGUACGUUCCUCGAGCAAACGUCGCAAUAUACCGAUUAUAGUGCGCGUAUCCGAUGUUAAUGAUAAUGCACCACGUUUUAUGAACACACCCUAUGAGGUUACAGUGCCAGAGAGCACCCCAGUGGGGACAACGAUAUUUAGAAAUAUACAAGCCUUGGAUAAGGAUGCCGGUGUUAAUGGCCUGGUUGAGUACUUUAUUGUCGAGGGCUCUACGAAUACCACAGAAGAUGAAAAGAUGACAAUUGCUGAUGGUUAUGGCACAUUUGCCAUAUCAUUUCCCCAUCAAGGCCAGGUUACCGUGGCCAAAACAUUGGAUUACGAGAGAAUACAACGUUACUAUUUGACAAUUGUCGCAUCGGAUCGUGCUCGCAAUGUCUCCGAACGUCUGACCUCAACCACCACGCUAACAGUAAACAUAGCCGAUUCAGAUGAUUUAGAUCCCUCGUUUAUCUAUCGCAAUUGCGUUUUGCUGGAUGGGGCCUGCAUAAAUCCUGAAUACACAGCUUCAGUGCCGGCGGGUUCCCUGCAAGGUGUACUCACCGUCACACCCGAAAGAAUACAAGCAGUGGAUUUGGAUACCAUAAGUUCGCCUAUACGUUAUUCCUUUGCCAGUGGCAUGCCUGGAAACUAUGCGGAUUACUUUGAAAUCGACGAACAGACAGGAGUGCUAAAACAGAUCAAAGCGGUGGACACCUCGACAGCAAAGAAAUACGACAUUAUAGUGAAAGCUGAAGAAGUGUCGAUGAUGAAACGUUUUACCACCGCCAAAUUGACCAUUAAUGUUAAGCCUGUUGAUGCUAAUCCUCCAGUGAUAUCGGCCAGUUCCAUAGUAGGUUAUGUGGAUGAGAACUCACCUUUGGGCACCAAGGUUUUAGAUGAAAAUGGCAAACCCAUUUCAUUUAAGACCAGUGAUGCUGAUUUGACAGAAGAUGAUCCCAAGCCAGAUUAUAUCUAUGAGCUGACCACUCCCUCAUUUGAGGUCACCUCCGAAGGUGUCUUAGUGGUCAACGAAGAGGGCUUGGACCGUGAUCCCCCCGCUCCUGGUAAAUAUAAAUUCCAAGUGGUGGCCCGUGAACCCAAAACCAAUGCUGCCAGUGCUCCUCUAAGUUUGACUGUGAUUUUGAAAGAUGUCAAUGAUAAUCCUCCCAAAUUGUCUAUGGUUGCCCCGGUUUCCAUAACAGCAGGUGAUGGCAUACGCAAAGUAGCCCAAGUCUCGGCCACGGACAAUGAUGAAGGUGCCAAUGCUGUGGUCAGCUAUAGCAUUUACCAUGUCUCCAAUAAUGGCAUGCAGAAAUUCGCCAUCGACGAACAAAGCGGAGAGAUUGAGACAAGAGGGCGUUUGCUGGCAGGUGAACAAUACAGCAUUACGGUGCAAGCUUCAGAUAUAGGCGGCCUAUCUUCCCAAGCCAUAGUAGAGGUGACUGUCACCCCAGGACCCAAUACCAAACCGCCGAAAUUUGUCAAGCCCGUUUAUGAGGUACAAGUCAGUGAAGGCGCUGAGAUCAAUUCCACUGUUUCGGUUAUACAUGCCGAAGAUCCCGAAAAUGAUCCUGUGGUCUAUUCCAUCAUUUCUGGCAAUGAUUUGCGGCAAUUUGCUGUGGGUCAAGAAUCUGGAGUUAUAGCUGUCAUAAGGAAAUUGGAUCGCGAAAGUCUGACACGUUAUCAACUAUUGGUGAAGGCCGAGGAUAAUGGAGGCCUUUCGAGCAGUGCCACCGUUAACAUUAAGGUUACCGAUAUCAAUGAUAAGAAUCCAGAAUUCGAUGAAUCCACCUUGCCCUACGUCUUCCAAGUGGAUGAGGGCCGUGAGAAUUCCUUUGUGGGCAUUGUACAUGCCACCGAUGCCGAUGAGGGCAUAAAUGCCGAAAUUACCUAUUCCAUACCUCAGGAUAUACCAUUUGCCAUUAAUGGCACCUCAGGAGAGAUAAGAACCUCCAGCGCCUUAGACUAUGAAAAACAAAAUGAAUAUCGUUUUGUGGUAACGGCCAAGGAUGGGGCUCCCGAUGCCCGUUUGGGUACGGCUAGUGUAACGGUGCAGGUGCGUGAUCUACCUGAUGAAGUGCCCAAAUUCACCGAUACCCGUAUCGAUGUAAGGAUACCAGAAAAUGAGCCAGAUUUGCCAGUGGCCACUGUGCAGGCUUUUGAUCCCGAUACCAUGCCAGAGAUCACCUAUGUGAUACGUAAGGGAGCUACCGACUUGUUUAAGGUUAAUCCGGCAACUGGUGAAAUAAAAACCACCAAAGGCUUAGAUUUUGAGAAAAAGAAGAUCCAUGAGUUAGUUGUUGGCACCAUAGAGAAUGAUGGCAAUGGCUCUGGAGACACUGUCAAAGUAGUGGUGGAAGUGGAAGAUCGCAAUGAUGUAAGGCCAGUGUUCGUGUCUGUACCUGAACCAGUUACGGUGAAUGAUGAUCAGCCCAUUGGUACCAUGAUAGCCACCAUGCCGGCCAUAGAUGGUGAUGGCUCCUCGCCCGGAAAUGUGGUGCGUUAUGAAAUGGUGGGUCGCGGCAAGGCUUUGAAAUACUUCCAAGUGGAUCCUGACACUGGUUCUAUACGCAUACGAGAUGAAUUGCGUAAGGAGGAGGAUACCGAAUAUCACGUGGAUAUAAGAGCCUAUGACAUGGGUGAGCCACAAUUGAGUUCGGUGGCUACUUUGCCGGUGUUUGUGCGCCAUUUACUGACGGAUCCCAAUGAGGAAGGUGCCAUGGAGGGACGCCCCGACAAUGGAGUCAUAACAUCACCCGAGAGUCUCGGUCUAGCCUUUAGUGACGAUAGCUACACCACUGGAGUGCCUGAGACUACAGGCAUCAAUGCCACCAUAAAACUCAUACAAGUCAUCAAUUCCAAGAAAUCAGUGAAAUCUAACCCAGGCUUUAAAUGUGAAAUUAUCUCAGGCAAUGAGUGGGGUCUCUUCAAUGUAACCCAAGAAGAUCAUGGCUGUGGCAUUCAACUGAUUAAACAUUUGGAUUAUGAGAAUAAGACCUCGUAUUCUUUGGAUCUGAGACUGACCUCUCACAAAUACUUCAUAAAUCCUCAAAAGAGUACCACGACGGUGAAGAUUAUUGUGCAGGAUGAGAAUGACAAUGCCCCUGAAUUUGUAUUCAAUCGUGCCCGAGGCCGUAAGGAUACCUUCUAUGCUGUGGUCAAUCCAGAAAUGGAUAUAGACACACCCAUAAUGCAGGUGAGGGCCACCGAUCGGGAUUCGGGUAAAUUUGGCAUGAUACACUACAAGAUCUUCGAUGAGGAUGACAAUAACAUUAGCAAUGAUAAUGCGCCCACUUCCUAUUUCCUUAUGACCGAGGAUACUGGAAUUUUGCGUACAGCCAAACUGUUCCGUGGUGAAGUGCAGUUCCCACUCAUCUUCUAUGUGGAGGCCCGUGACAAUGAUGGCCAGGAAAUGGGUUCCCAUCGCACUCGUGCACGUGUGGUCAUCAAUCAAAUUACCGAUAUGCAUCGCCAUGCCUUAUUCUUUUCCGAUGCUGCACCCAAUGAGCUGCGCAAUCACUAUGCCACCUUGGAGGAAUUGCUGUCGGAAAAAACCGGUGGCCUUAUUAGCGGCAUUGAACGUUUUAGCAAUCGUAAAUUUUUAAAUGAAAAUGGUACUAUUUUGGAAAAUCCCUCUGCCACCGAUGUUUGGUUCUAUUUAAUUGAUCCCAAAACGGAGAAGGUGCUUAUGCGUAAUGCCUCGGUGGUGCAGGAAAUGUUACUGGAACCCACCGCGCGUUCGGAGCUAGUAUUUGCAGCUUCGGCCAUGACCAGGGCAACGGCAGAGGGCAUUUAUGCUCCCAUUGAAAUGAAGCAACAGGUGCACAAGGUUAAGGCUGCCAUUGCCAUUGAUGAUGAAGUAUUCCCCUACACACUUAUCGCCAUUUCCAUUAUCAUCUUGGUUUUGGGCAUUAUUGGCAUAAUUUACAUCUGUAUUUCUUGGUCCAAAUACAAAAAUUUCAAACAACGUAUGCGCCAAUACUCCACACCCAGCCCUACUCGCUAUGACCCUGUCAUAGUGAACUCACAGGCAUCCAAUGCCGGUGAUACUGUGGCCAAUAUGAAAGAAUAUGAAACUCAAGUUUUGGCCAUGGCCGUUCCCCCGGAUGGUGAUGAUGAACUUCAACUGGAUUUUAGUGCCAAAAAUCAUGCCUUCUCAUUGGACAAUGUCAGUUAUAUUACCCACAAAGACCACAAUGGCAGUUCGAGUGGAGGACAAACAAGUCCUGCGCAUUCGGAAGCCACCACAGCAACUAUAGCCACUUUGCGUAGGAAUAACAACAACAACAACUUGAAUAAUAUGGCCGCCAACAAUAACAUCAAUAAUCACACCAUGAACAAUCGUCAGAAUACCUUCAAUCGCACCCUGGAAAUGAAUGCUCGCAAUAAUGCCAAUCCUUUGGCAGCCAAUGGCACACUGCCCGGUACCUUGACCUUGGGUCGCAUUAAACAUCAAAACUCGAAUCAUUAUCAAAAUGGUGGCUACAAAAUGGAUAGUGUUAGUCGUAAUAAUUUAGCCAAUAUACAGAAUAAUGCCUAUAGUACGCUGGGCAGGAGGGGUAAUACCUUUGGCAACAAUUCCAAUUUGAAUGGUGGUGCUUUAAAUGGUGACCUAUCGAAUGGGGAGAUGAUGACAAAUACGCUGGGAAGAAAUUUACAACAUAAUAAUCAGCGUGUGGGUUAUAGUGAAGUGCCAAUAACGAACCCGCUGUUUCAGAGAUCGAAUGGUGAUCUAUCCCAUCUAAGUGCUACCAAUGACAAUGUCACCUUUGGCAAGCGUGACUAUGGACAAAUGGGCUUCUCCUAUCUCAACGAUUUGGAUCGCUCUGAGGUGGAGACUACAACCGAAUUAUGAGAUUUUACGAAUACCACAACACGAAACGAUGACAAACAAACGAAUAGAAAUUCCCCAACAACAAAAACCACAACAAGCCAAAAUACAAUUUUAAAAAAUAUGAUAGUUAAUUGUUUGUAAAAAAAUAUAAAACAAAAACAAAAUAAGGCAAACUAUAUGAAAAAAAUGCAAUAAUUUUAUAAGAUAAAAAAUAACUAAAAAUAGAACUCUGCAAAACCUAACAAGAAAAACAGAAAAACUAAGACAUAAAAACGUUGCCAUUAAGUUUGAAAUAGUAGUUGUAUAUACAAAGUAUGAGAAAAUAAAAACAAUUUUUUUUUUAAAUAAAAAUAAGACUUAUUUCUAGAGUAAUGUAAAUAUUUAGAUAGACACACCCUCCAAACACAACAAUAAAAGAAAAAAAAACAAAUGCAUACAUAUUUAUAAAAUAGUCAUUAGCCUUAUAAGUUGUGAUUUUAAUUUUAAUGAAAAUAAAACAGCAAAUAAACUAAAGGAGCCUUACUCCACUUAAGUGUCAAUGCAACUUUUUCUGUAUAAAAAUGUAAAAAGUUUACUUUUCUUUUUUUUUUUUUGUUUCUUCCUUUUAUACAUCUAUCCAUCUUAUUGUUAUACAUAUAUGAAUUAAUUUUUAAGUCUACUUUAUUCGUUUGUAUAUGUAUGUGUAUAUUUCUUUUCUUAGAACAGUUUUGAAUCGAAUUAGUUAGAAAUUUAUAUUAAUGAAAUU